AUGUUCGCCGCGACGAAGCCGCAGGUUGCCCUCCGGGCGCGCGCGCGUAAGAGCGACGUUCGUGCACGCUCUGGUGGACGCAAGGCGAUGGUGACGCGCGCGGCCGGGUACGAUUAUGACUUGCUCAUUAUCGGUGCCGGUGUUGGUGGACACGGGGCGGCGAUGCACGCGGUGUCGAGAGGUUUGAAGACGGCCAUCAUGGAGGGCGACGUGAUCGGCGGGACGUGCGUGAACCGUGGGUGCGUGCCGUCGAAGGCGCUACUCGCGGCGUCAGGACGCGUGCGGGAGAUGCGUAACGCCGAACACUUGAAGGCGCUCGGGAUUACCGUGCAGCCGGGAGCGGUGACGUACGAUCGGCAAGGGAUCGCGGAUCACGCCGAAAACUUGGCGGCGACCAUUCGAGGUAACUUGGAGCGCUCUCUCACCGGUCUCGGUGUGGACAUCAUCACCGGGGCGGCGAAGAUUGAAGAUAACCACACGGUUUCGUACGGUGCGCCAGGCACGGUCACCGGUGGUAAGGUCACGGCGAAGAACAUCAUCAUCGCCACCGGCUCGACGCCGUUCGUGCCGCCGGGAAUCGAGGUUGAUCACAAGACCGUGUUUACCUCGGACGCUGGCUUGAAGCUCGAUUGGGUUCCGGAAUGGGUUGCCAUCAUUGGCUCCGGGUACAUCGGUUUGGAGUUUUCCGACGUGUAUACGGCGCUUGGCUCUGACGUCACCUUCAUUGAAGCCAUGCCAAACAUCAUGCCGGGCUUCGACAAAGAGAUUGCCAAGAUGGCCGAGCGUGUGUUGAUCAGCCCGCGUAACAUCGACUACGUCACCAACGUUUUGGCGACCAAGGUCACGCCGGGCAUUCCGGGCAAAAAGCCGGUCACCAUCGAACUCACCGACUUCAAGACAAAGGAAGUCGUCGACACCAUGGAAGUCGAUGCGGUUCUCGUUGCCACUGGCCGCUCACCGUACACCCAGGGCUUGAACACCGAAGCCAUCGGCGUCGAGCUUCAGCGUGGUUUCAUCCCGGUCAACGCGAAGAUGCAAGUUUUGGACAAGGAUGGCAAGGUUGUUGAGGGUAUGUGGUGCAUUGGUGACGCCAACGGUAAGAUGAUGUUGGCGCACGCUGCAAGCGCUCAAGGUAUUAGUGCGAUCGAGAACAUGUGCGGCAACGAGAACGAACUCAACCAUCUCUCUGUUCCGGCUGCGUGCUUCACGCACCCUGAAGUCUCUUUCGUCGGGUUGACGGAGGAACAAGCUCGCGAAAAGGGUGAGAAGGAAGGCUUCGAGGUCGCCGUCCGCAAGACAGCAUUUAAGGGCAACUCCAAGGCGCUCGCUGAGAAGGAAGGCGACGGUAUGGCCAAGCUCAUCUACAACCCGAAGACGGGUGAAAUUUUGGGUAUGUGGAUCUUUGGUUUGCACGCGGCGGACUUGAUUCACGAGGCGUCAAACGCAAUCUCGAUGGGUUCCAAGCUCGACGACUUGAAGUUCACCGUGCACGCGCACCCGACACUCUCCGAGGUUGUCGAAUCUUUGUUGCGCGGCUCGGACGGACACUAG